AUGUCAAGUGAGGAAGAGAGUGUUCUUAUCUUAGUGCAUUACUCUGGAAAAAUCAAAAGAAGCAAAAAAUAUGGUGUGAAGUUCACUGACAGAGAACCAUUGAGUGUAUUCAUUAGUUCAUCAAGCACUUUGUCGGAUGUCAAGAACAGCAUCUUGCAGAAGCUUGGGGUAUUUGGGAGCAAGUUGGUGAAGAAGAUAUUCUACAAGAUUUUCAUCGCAGUAGUCUCAAGCGGUGUUCAGUAUGAUACGUUCGUGUUAGCGGCUGAUGAAGAUAUUAGGGUUCUGUUUCAUUGCGUUAGGAGUUUUCCAGAGGUCAGAAUACACGAGCUGUAUGCGAAGUUGGAGGUUGCCGUCAAUAGUUCUGGGGCAUCGGCUCCAGUUCAUAGCUCGACUGCCGUAGGCGGUGCGUCUUGUUCGAUGCCUGCGGCUCGGCCAUCUGUUCUGCAGGUCGCAUCCCCUUCUUUUGCGGCUGAUUUAGAACGAACAGAGGCAGUUGGUUCUGUACCUUUGCAUAAUCCUGGGGUCCGGCAGCAGGCAUUUGAGGGGGAUACAGGUCGUGCCAUAGUUCAUGAAGUUCAAGGUUUCGGGGAACGUGAUCGAGUAGAGAAUACAAUGCGGGACGAUGACUCUGACCAGGAGCAUGUAGAUAUCUUUGGGGACAGUGAUGAUGACACAGGUGCUAAUCCACAUGCACAACAAGCACCUUCAAGUUCUGGCACACAGCAGUACCCUCCACACUUCUCCACUCUAAACUUGGAGGCUUUGGGUCAACAGGCAGACGGAGGUGCUACAGUUAGGGGUUCAUCUACAGAAUUUCAGAUUGGACAAUCAUUCCAGAAUAAAGAUGAAGCUGUACUGAGUGUGAAUGACUAUAGCAUCCGUCGAGGUGUUGAGUACCGAGUGUUGGAAUCGGACCAUCUGAAGUAUCAUGGAAAAUGCAAGGAGUUCGACAAGGGUUGUAGUUGGUUGAUUCGAAUAUCGCUCCGUGCACGAAAGGGCACUUGGAAGGUUAGGAGGUACAACGGUCCCCACACUUUCUUGGCCACCUCUAUUUCCAGUGAUCACUGUCAGCUUGAUUACCACAUUAUCUGUGCGAGGAUUUUUCCAUUGGUUAGUGCAGAUGCUGCAGUAUCGAUAAAGGUGUUGCAACAAGCAAUUGAAGCUGAUUACGGGUUCAAGCCCAGUUACCGGAAGGUUUGGAUGGCAAAACAGAAGGCAGUUGCACAAAUAUAUGGAGACUGGGAAGUGUCUUAUGUCGAGUUGCCAUGUUGGAUGCUAGGGGUGCACUUGACGAUGCCCGGGAUAGUUACUGUGUUGAAGACCUCUCCUGUUCGAGUUGGGGAUCAGCUUGAUGAGUCAACAGUGUACUUUCAUCGUCUAUUCUGGACAUUUUCACCUUGCGUUGAGGCCUUCCAAUAUUGCAAGCCGCUUGUGAGUAUUGACGGUACCCACUUGUACGGCAAGUAUGGAGGCACCUUACUGUUGGCGAUUGCGCAGGAUGGGAACUCGAACAUCCUCCUGAUAGCAUUCGCGCUUGUGGAGGGGGAAAAUAUGGAGUCAUGGUCAUUCUUCUUGUCCAACCUACGAACGCAUGUGAUGCCACAGGAGGGUAUCCUUGUUAUCUCCGACAGGCAUAAUGGCAUCAAGGCUGCACUUGAGAAUCCCGAGAAUGGUUGGCUGCCUCCACGUGCUUAUCGUGCGUACUGUAUCCGUCAUGUGGCAGCAAAUUUCAACCUUAGCUUCAAAAGUAAAGAUGCCAGGAAGAUGCUGGUGAAUGCGGCCUAUGCAAAAACUGAAGUAGGGUUCUAUUAUUGGUUUGAUAUCAUGCGGACUGAGAAUCCAGCCAUGUGUGACUGGGAAACUCACAACCUCCCGGUCACUUCGUUGGUUAAGUCCACCUACGGGAGGCUUGCUGAGCUAUUCGUGCUCUGGGGACAAACAGCAGAGGCGCAAGUUGGAUCUAGCCAUGAAUUUUGUCAGGCGUUGGUCAAGGCUAUUGAACGGAACGUAAGAGACUCAAGGUGCUUCAUCGUCACGUUAUACGACAGGCACCAGUCAGAGUACACGGUGGCCGAGACGACACCGACUGAAAACUUCUCGCUAGGUAGCUAUCGAGUCUCCCUUAAGGAUAACACAUGUGAUUGUGGCUACUUUCAAGCGCUCCAUUAUCCAUGUUGUCACGCCAUUGCAUGUUGCGCCCACUCGCGGCUGAAUUGGGCAUCAUAUGUUCACGAAGUGUAUCGUAUGAGUGAGGUGUUCAACGUUUACAGGCACGGGUUUGUUCCGCCCAUCCCAGAAGGCCUAUGGCCCCCAUAUGCCGGACCAACUAUCAUUCCUGAUCCUAACAUGAGGUGA